AUGGCGGGUAUACUGGAAGGGGUAGCGACGGAGCAGCCGCUGUCAUCGAUAGCGUACACCGCCGUGACCGAUCGGUGGGAAGUCCAGUAUGCUCGCUUCGUGAUAUUUCCUUCGUCUCCUCACGUCUCUCAUCCUUCUCUGGUUCCCCACUCUGCCAGGCAACGGAAGGUGCGCAGAGGCGGCAAAUGGAUCUCCACUUCAUCCUCCAACUCUACCGCCGUCUCUCUGAAACUCCUCACCGUUCACGACGCCGAUUUUUCUGAUCAGAUCCUCUUCGUCUCUCUCGGUCACAAAAUACUUGAAGAGCACUACAUUUCGCGGCUGCAUUUUGCAUGGCCUCAGGUCUCAUGUGUAUCAGGAUUUCCUACAAGGGGAGCAAGAUCUGUCUUCGUGAGCUAUAAGGAUCGUGCAGGCCAGGUUCAGAAAUUUGCCUUACGAUUUUCGAUAAUCGAUGAAAUAGAAAAGUUUAUGAUUGAUGUGAAGGAAAACUUGGAGGGCAUUAGAACUAUGUCUCUUCCCUGUCCUCCAGUUGAUUCAACAAUAUCGUCUCAAUCUGAAUUCAUCCCUUCUAAUGAAGCUUCGCAUAGGGAUAACAAUGAGAUUCAGCAUACAACUUCAGCUGACACUGGAACUUAUGAGAUACCGGCAAGCAUUAGCAAUGCAGCUGACACUGGAACUUAUGAGAUACCGGCAAGCAUUAGCAAUGGAGUUUCUCAAGAUUCAAGUUCACAGGAAAUGAGACUAAAUCGUGAAGCCGAAGAAAUUCUUUCAUCUUUUCCUCCCAGUUUCACAUCUUUCCUGAUGAAUUGUGGCCCUGCAGUUGAACAAGCUGCAGCACAACCAACCAUAUCAAAUGACAUCAAUCUUAAAGCCCAAAUCAUGAAAUGUCUAGAAGAUUCCUCCUUCCAAGAUAUGCUGAUUAAAGUAGAGAAAGUUAUCAAUGACGUUGGAGACUUCAACAUGAUGCUGUAACUCUGUAAGCAUCCAGAGAAAGUUGCUGCCAGAAAGGUAACUCACAUUGUGAAUCCAUAGCUGAAUGCAUUGUAGCAAGACUAAAUUGCUAAUAGCUUACUUGUAUAUUUUUUGAGAUUACUAAACCAAGAAGUUAUGCAAAUAAAUUU